CGCAUCGGCCUUCCCGCCGCCAUGGCUGCACAUCGGGUUUUGCAGUCCGGAGACCUCCUCCAACAAAUUUUCAGUCACCUCGAUCCUCACUCGUCUCCGUGGCACAAUCGCUCGCACUGCAGAGGAACACUGUCGUCGUGUGCUCGUGUCAACAAGGCUUUGUCCACUUCUGCUGUGUCCGUUCUCUGGAGGCACAUGUACAGCCUUCUCCCGUUAUUCAAGGUCCUGUCGUCCUUCCAGAAGGUGAAUAUCAUCGGCGAUGACUCUGACUCUGACGAGGCCGGCGGCGACUUGAACGCCAGAGCACAAUAUGUGAGUUAGACGAUUGUCUUUUUGUGCAUCCGUGAAUGAGUAUACCUCGUCAGCGCCUACUUGGCCAACUCCUGCC